AUGACUUCAGUUUUAUUGAAUAUUGGACAAAAUACGCUAUCAGACGUUAAAACUCCCCCUAUCAAAUUCUACUUCAAUAGUGAGGGAUUUAUCAUUAAUGUCCAAUAUUCGUAG